CGCGUCUCAAGACUGAUCGAAACCAACAGCUGAGGACGCGCGUGUUGAACUAAAAGGGGAAAGCAGGAGAGUAACAACAAACCGUUACUUUUUAACAGUCUCGUCGACACCGUAGCUACGAUAUAAGUGGUGUUACAGGACAGUGCCACAAGAGAUAUAACUGACGUAGUCCUGUUGCUAAUGUGAAAGACAUAGAUGUUUAGUAAGCGUCUCUUCUCGUCAAUAGAACAAUAGGCAGAACUGAGUAUCCUACGGCGUCUUUGGAAACGUUGUGCCCCAGUCAACGAGUGUUUAUCCAGAAAAAGGAAGGAAAUGAGAUUUCUUUGCUGUUUGUUUAAAUCCAUGAAAGUCAGAUAACACGGAGCACCUUUUUAUCAUACACGGAUAAUGCAGUCUGUCGGGGAUUGCUGAGGCAUAUCAGACUCAACUAGCGGUCUUUGCUGUGCGCCACAGUUCCAGUGAUCCAAACGGAUUAAAUAACCGAUUUUCCUCGUAUUUGGGAUUCGGAUCUUUCAUUUAUUAAUAUCCCUAUUGAUUUAUGUCAAGUGAAUGCAUCACUGAACAAAGGAUUUUGGAAAAACAUCGACUACAACACUGUUCUGCCACCACGAAUAGGAAUCUCACUGGACUCCUGAGCUGUACGCUAGAAAACGGUAAAUCUCGUUAGAGGUUCGAAGAAAAAUAUAAACCUCGAAUACUUAGUAUAAUUUAGUAGUAGCUCAUAUUGUUCAAGCUGCCUGCUGCGACGUGUAGCUAGAGAUCCCAGUCGCCAAACUCAUCAGAAGAAAUCAUCCGAAAUGUGACAUUUUCACAUCUACCCUCAAAAACGUGUGAGACGUGAAUACCGCAGUCGUUUGCAUUUAUUCAUCAAGGUGUUUUCACCGUUACAAAAAUCAUAUCUGACUAACACGGACUUUCUGCGUUUAACCGAUGGCAUUCUUCCCUGUGCUGGUCUUCCUCCUCCCUAUCUUGGACUUGGGUUUUGCUCAGGACAAAGAGCCCAAGGUACCCUGGGGCUGUGGAUUUGGCUUGACCCGCCCCUACACCCUGCUGUGUGACCUGGAGGCUGUGUGGGGUGUGGUGGUGGAGGGCUUUGCAGCUGCUGGCAUCCUGACUGCCCUUCUUCUAGCUCUGGUGCUGCUGUGUCGCCUUCGUUCAGUGACUGAGGCUGAGAAGCGAAGUGGUGUGGGCCCUAUCCUCCUGCUGCUCCUCGGAAUCGUGGGUCUUUUUGGUCUGAGUUUUGCCUACCUGAUUGAGCGCAACCAAAGCCUAUGUGUGGUUCACCGCGCCCUCUGGGGGGUGCUGUUCUCUCUAUGCUUCUCCUGCAUGCUGGUGCAGGGUGUGCGUCUGCGGCGGCUAGGGCGGGAGCGUCGUAGCCCGUGCGGAUGUGCCCUCACUGGGCUCGCACUGGGGCUGGCGGCAGUCCAGGGUAUCGUGGCAGCUGAGUGGUUGCUCUUAACAGUGCUACGUCAUGGUCAGCAGGCCUGCCAGUACGAGCCACUGGACUUUGCCUUGGCUUGCUCCUAUGUGUUGGUGCUCUUGAUCGCUGCCCUGGUGGCAGCAGUGUUGGCAGUGUGUAGCAAAGCCCAGCCAUGGCGCUGUAACGCUGUGUGGCUGCUGGUCUCCUGUCUGCUGUCUGUUCUGCUGUGGGCCACGUGGAUUGGCUUCUAUGUCUAUGGUAACAAGGCUCUGGAAAAAGCUCCAGAAUGGGACGACCCUGUGCUGGCUGUGGCAUUGGUGGCACAGGGUUGGUUGUUGCUGCUCUGUCACGCUGCACCUGAGGCCCAUGUCUGUCUACGACCUCCAGCUCAGCCCUCUGCACCAGACUACUUUGACACAUCACAAAACUCAACGCGCAUGAGGGAGACCAGCUUCGAUGAAGACAUCCCACUCUCACACAGGCAGUUUGUUGAGAAUCAGGGAUAUGGAUUUGAUGAAAAUACUGCAGGGCUGAGGAGUGGAGGCCAACAUAAUGGUAACACAGGAACCAGACCUAGUGCCCCUUUCCGCAGUAAUGUCUAUCAGCCAACUGAGAUGACCAUGAUACUGAAUGGUGGAGCGGUCCCAUCCGCACCCCCAACAUACACUGGAAGGCAAUUGUGGUAAAGGGAGACUGAGGAAGACAACGAGGGGACUGAAAUGAGGAUGAAGGACAAGAGAUCCUGAUGUGAAGGCUCUGAUGGGACUAAUGAUUCUACCUUUUGUGGCAAUGAUCCCAAGCACUGCAGUGUGACUGAAACGAGUGAGGACUCUUGACAUGUCUGUAUGUGUGAGUGUCUGACCUUGUGAGUUGCUGUAAUCGAAAGAGGUGCAUUGCAAAAAAA